CAAGGUCACCACGCCGCGCGGACGCGAGAACGCCCGACCGGGCCCCGGGCUAUUUAACUACAAGUCUGCGAUAUCCGUCCGAACACUGUGUCGUGCGCGCUGUCGAAUCCCAGUUCAGUAUUGUCGCAGACGUCGUCGUAGUGCGAAUCGAUCCUGUACGAAAAUCGUCGUAAUUGUUUGAACGUCGCUUUCUCGUAGCCGAAUUGUUAUUAUUACACCCGUUUCCGCGCGCAGCACGUACACACUUCGAAUCCAAUAUGUUCAACUUGGGAGGAGGUGAGUGAUCGCUGUUAUAACAUGUUGUUAGCUUUACUCACAAUAUUACAAUAUGUCGUUUGGCGUUAUAAAUUAUCCUCCCUUCCCCUCACCGCCCGCACCACCUAUACGUGGCUGUGUUCGCCACGAUAGUGCGCGCACCUACCUAUGUACUGCGUGCACAUUUUUCGCGUCGUCGGUACCUACCGUAAGCGUGAAAAAAUUAUCGCAACGUUUCAGUUUAGUAUUUUGUUUCGGUUUUGCGUGCGCGCGCGCGCGCGCUCCCGCUCGCCCGCCCGAUUUUAAAUAUAGAAUUCGUGACGUUUCCAUUGUAUGAAAAAAUCCGCGGCGGAUACGCGCGAGGUCUGACGUACUCUUCGCUGUACGCGUAUCACGAACAACGAUAUUAUCGUCGUUUCGAUAACGUUGCGGAUACCGACCACGAACGAUCGAAGAAUGUUUGCCGCCCGCCGCCGUCGCGGCGAAUCGCCGGUCCUUGGUUGCGGGGUUUUGUCGUUAUUUUAUUUUUGUCGCGCGCACCGGGUGAAUUUUAAUCGAAUGUGUUUCGCCCGAGGCAAUGCUGUGGGUGCAGUACAGUUCUCCAGUAAACAACAUCAUUGUCGUUCAUUAGUUUAUCGGAAAUUCGGUCGCGCCGCGUUAAAAGAACGUUGGCUCCCCGACGGAAACUUACGCGAUCGACAUUAUUAAACGUGCCGUACCUACGUCGCGGUCAUCGUCGUACAUUUCAUGCCUACCCGCGCAUAGCGAUUGCGCAUUUGUCAAUAAAUAACAGUCUUACGAUAAUAUAUAGGCACACGGACACAUUUACACGUACGUCCGCGCGACACGAUUGAUCAUGCGUCGCCGUUGUGUGCGUAGUAGCAGGACGCGGCGGUUGUUUUGUUUCCCCCCCCCCCGUUACCAUUUCUCGUGCCGAAUUAUAUUUUGCGCCUAAUGUAAAACGUCUUCACUUUAGCCUUGCCCAUUAUUGACGACACGGUAUUACAUUACAAUAACAUUCGCAACAGGAAAUUAAAUUCUGUCGUGUUCGUCCUUGACUGCGGCGUAUGGGUAGCGUCAACGCCGACUACGACGCACGGUUUUUUCGCGUUUCGACGGGCAGAGCACAGCGUUCGCCGGCCGCGGCGGCGAGAACCCAACAACGGUUUAAAUCGAAAAUCGCCCGUACGUAAUAUUAUUACAACGGUUAUGCGCGGGUGCCUUUGCCCUUUGCGGGCGUGUAUGCAUCGUUUUUAUUAUUAUUAUUUUUUUUCUCAAGAAGUACGGUACGUCGCACGCGCGCGCGUUUCGUCGGUCUCGCGUCUCACGAACGCACGGGGCGCAGCGAAUCGUCCGCGUCCGACGUAGCGUGCAAUUAUGCACUUUUGACUUUCAAACGGUAUAUACGCGAACGAUAAAUAAUAUUGACCUGUUAUCAAUACGUGCAAGGACACCGUCUGCAGCAUUUCCACGUCGGUUUCUUCCCGAUGUCUUUACAUUUUAUGGAUAAGCGAGCGCGUUUUUAAAUUCAUUGUGGGACGGUGAUAUUCGCACUGCCGUGUAGGACGCGCUGCAGACGACGGUCGUUCAUUUGAUGUUUUGAUAACGGGUCGUUUCGUUGCGAUAUUGAAAUUGACGACCCGACGCCGUCGGUACUUGCUGCUGUACGCCUGUACGCGAAUUCACUACCUACGUCGCGCGCGUAGACGGAGACGGCACAAUGCGCGUUUGUGUAGCGUCCUCACUUUAAACGUUUUAUAAUAUUUGUAUGCGUGUAUUAUACAUAGGUGUUGCGGUAUCAUGGUACCUAAUCGUGUGUUCAAAAAUAUAUAAAUACGAUUUUUUUUUUUUUUUUUUCCGUAAAACUGGUUUCGUCGCUCAAUUCAAGGUCCGGAGGUACCAUUAUUAUUAUUAUUGUUAUUUCAGUUAUAGGCAAUAGGUACACUGUAUUAUUAUAAGUCGCCGAACGUGGUACUUUUAUACGUGGUCGUGAGGCGGACUAAAAUACGGAUUACGACGAUUCACUCUUUGCAUGCCCGUUUAAAAAUCGUAAACACAACGCGGCGGCGUACGUUGGUGUUAUAUUCAAACAGGAUCCAUAUUCUGCAUACGUCCGAGGAAACAAAAGAAAUACAAUCGGUUAAACGCGCGAUAUUUUAACUGUAUAUAAUACAGCGUAGAUACUAAAUAUAUAACAAUAAUUGGCAUAUUCAGUGGGUGUACGAUUGGUGAAAUUAACCGAUUACUAUAAUAAGUUCCACAGUAUGUUUAAUGCAUUUUAUUAUUGUCCGUCUCUACGGCACUUUUUUUUCUGAUAGUACAUUUCGUCUAUAUAGUUGGUGUAUUCGAUUUUCCAUAAAAUGUUCUCAAUGGUUUAAUAAAAACAAAAAAAAAAAUGGGAAAAUUUACUGCAAUUUCACUAUUUUCUGCUAAUUUUUGUUUUUUUUAUUGUAAUUCGGUUAAACAUAAUCCUAAAGUGUGAAGACCUGACAUAUUCACUGCAUACUUAUAAUAGCCUUUUCUUUUUUUUAAUCUCAUGUGGCUGUUUUGGUGAAAAACAUACUUCACUCUUAAAUUACUGACUAACUAACAAUUACUUAACUUACUACUCAUUUAAUUUAAUAAUAACUGAAAUAGACAUAUACGAUUACAUAGAAUCAUAAAUUAAACAAUAAUUAAUAUAUAAAUAAAUUUGUACAUUAAUGACUGUGAAAACAUAAAACUUUGAGAGUAACAAAAAUAGUAACAAUAAAAUAAACAAAUUCUAUUUCCAUCUCUAAAGGCGCACUUCUAGGCUACGUAGCCACUCUUGUACCUCGCAGUCACCUUUUGUUAGGGAACAUAUCUCAACCACGUUUUUGGUGGUAUGAACGUGCCUCCCAUACUUACAGACUAUUGUAUUUAACAUUUUUCAUUUAUGUAAAAUAAAAUUACAUUUUCCCUAUUCUGUUCUGAUUCGGUUUAGGGCAGUCCACAUUUCACGUGGGAGUUCGAACCCCGGGAUUCUUUGAGUCGGGUCGUUGACGAGGGAGCCAUUGACUAUGUUUCCAUCUCUCCAAAUUUUCUUCCACAUAUUUCCCAGCUUAUCUGUUAUUGUACGCUCGAUCCACCAAAUAGAAUGUGUAGACUUGGCAUCUUAAUUAUGUCGUUAAAACCCGAAAGGUUUGUCGAGUUUUAAACUUUUUGUAAUAAUUUUAUCGUUUCUGCAUAUAUAUGCGAGUUUCUGGUGGUGCUAUAUUUGAAAGGACUGGAAGCCACUGUACCUUAGUUGACCGAACAUAGCCUGAAUUAAUUCUCAACGUAUUAUUUAGUUUAAUUCAUCAUCUACUUCUUAACAUUUUAGCUAUAUUGAACUAGUUUUAUGCACUAGAUAUAUAUUUUUUUAAUUAUAUUAUCUCUUGAAAACGUGUAAUUUUAUUUUUACUACAGCGAGUGUACGCGUUUGUUAGGAUUAUUUUUUUACAAUUUGAUUAAUUUAAUAUUUUAGUAAGGUGAUACCAUCGUACACACAAUAUUAUAUAUUAUUAUCGAAUAUAUAGUCGUUAUAUUGUGCAAUAUAAUGUUUGCAAGCAAUACUAUUAGUAAAGAAUGUUGUCCAAGUAUCUGAUUUCAUACUCACCCACGCCUCACUUAUAUACAGAUAUAGUUGCAAAACAAAGUGAUCAUCUCAAAUUCUUUUCCGACAUAUUUAUAAAUUAAUUAACGACUUAGAUAAUCAAACAGUUUUGUAUUGAAAAUAAUGUGGAAAUUUGUGUUUUAUUUUUUGUAGCUAUGAAAAACAUCACUGCGAAAGCCGAAGAACUAGUAGAAGAAAAGAAGAAUGCCGCCACUUCACUUUUGGAAAAACAAGUAUGUUUAUAAUAUUACAAUACUAUGUUCCUAUAAUGGUAUUAAUUUAUUAUGAAAAAUAAUGUCAUGCAAAAUGUAUAACAUAACUGAUAUCAAAAUUAAGACGCUAAAGUUAAACUUAGUGUGUGGUUUUUUCUCAUAUUUUUUUUUAAUAAUUUAUUUUAUUGCAUAUAUAUUGUAAUCAUUAUUAAUCAUUAAUCAUUAUGUCUUCAUAGGCAAUACUUAAAAAACGCAUUUUUUUAAAUUUUAAAUUAUUAAAUUUUUUUAAAUUUUUUUUUUUUUGAGGGGGUGGGGUAUCAUCUUAUUACAUGGUUAGCAUUGUAUAAUAAUUGUUAAAUGUACCUAUUACUUAUCAAAGUACACAAAAACAGUUAGUUAAAACACUUACCUAACAUUUUUGAAGUUGGCAAAUUUGGUAUAUGGAGUCAAUACAUUACAAUUAUCAAAUUUUGAUUGACGCUUUGUGUCCGUUAUAGUAAACUUAGAGGUGUGUACCAAAAUGUUUUUAGGAAAAAAGAGCUGAUCCAUUUUUCCACGUCCCAAUUUAAGCACUGGAUAUAAUUACAAACAAAUAAAAAAAAAGAGUUGAUACUGGGGAUGGGAGUGGCCACUGUUGUAGGUGGGAAGUUGGGAAGGUAGGAUACAUAAGGUUAUUUCAUUUAUAUCUGUAAUAAACGAUAAACUAUUGCUUGACGAAAGUUAAUUCCGAGAGCAGUUCGGUAGUACAUAAUUUUUGCGAUUUUCGUUUAAAUUUGAUUUCAAAACACUUAAUAAAAAAAAAAGAGGUCCGAUAAUUUUGAAGCUUUUACCACGUUUAGGUGAGUCCAAUAUAACUAUAGUUACCAAGUUUCAAGUCUUUACGUGUAUUUAUAACCGAAUUACAGCAAAAAAGCUCCCAAAAAUUAAAAUUUCUUAAAAGCUCAAAAAUGGCUUGAAAGUUUUGGCGAUAAUACAGUAAAAAAGUAAAUCAAAAAUCUAACAAAAAUGGUAUCUUGUGAUUUUUCGUUUAAAUCUUUUUUUCUGGUAGAAAACGUCGUCCGUGUUUUUAUAAAAUAAUGAAAUCGUGAAAUAGUACGUUUUCCUACGUUUUUUCCCACUUAAAUGAUUUUAUUUAAAAAAUGGCGUCGAAAAUCAACCUCUCUAAAGUACCAUCUAGAAAACUUGAGCUUUCAGAAAAGUUGCUACACGUAAAAAUCGGAGCAAAAUUACUAAGAAAAAACGUGUCCACAGACUAGAAGAAGAAAAAAAAUAAACAUUUUAGUAAUACCAAUAGCUCCCUUAUUACGCUCGGAAUCUAAAAUUAAUUUUAUAAAUUAUUAGUUUUUUUUUUUUCUUAGUAAUUUAUUUUGAAGUUUUAUGUCGUCUGUCUGAAAUCUGAAAAGCUAACUAUUUUAUCAAAAAUUAAAAUUUGCCCUCCUCUUUAGUAUCAAUAUGGUAUAACUAUGGGUAUAUUAUUAUAAUAUUGUAAUACAAUAAGUAAUAAGGAACUAUAAUAUGUGUUUUGACCUUGAGCCUUCUAAUAAUGGAUACAUUUACGAAAUAACUUGGUUAAUAAAAGCAUCUGAAUAUAUAUAUAUAUACAUGUAUAAAAAAAAAAAAAAAAAAUGAGAAAAUGUCACAUUAUAAAAACAGGCGUAGUAAAAAUAAACGCGUCGCAGUUACUGUAUCGAUUUAAAAUCUCAGUUAAAUUUGCAUAACUAUUUUGGUUCAAUAUCAGUCAUGUUUAACCAAAACAAAAAAAAAAAAAUCAUUAUUUUAGUGGGUUACAUAGGGUGAUAUGUGUAUCUUGAAAUAGCGAUUUUCUCGAAGGAUUUUAAGUGAAUUUAAUUUCUAUUUUCUUCAAUCGUUAUCGAAUCGUUUAUGCUUUUAUUUUACAUAAUUUUUAAUUAUUUGACUAUACAUUUGAGAUUUUCGAAUAGGGUAUUUUUAAUAUAGGUAAUCCAGUUGUCAUCUAAUAUUGAACUUGAAUUUGUUAGCAAUUACUUAUUACAGUACCCUACUUCUCUGGUUUAAACUUUAAAGUGUUAUAAUUUAACUGUAAAUCCAAUAUAAAUAUUAUUAUGUAUACUUAACACUUUUUAGAAAAAUAUUCCCUAUAAAUCUGUGUUUAGAGGCUGUUCCUAUUUGAUAAUCAAAGAUAUACCUAUACCUAAAUCCUAUUAAUUUAAGAUAUAAGACGUAUAUAACAUUUUUUCUAGGAGAUGGAUCAAAAAUAUUUCAUUCACAUACGUACUGGGAGGGUGCAUUCCCUCCGGGUGUGCAUACAAAUCCAUAAACUCAUCUCACUUUGAAUAAAAUAUUUUUUUUUUUAAUUAACAAACUUAAUAGUUUAAACAUUAUAAUUUUAAAAUAAAAUAUGAAUAUUUUACUACAGAUUACUGCUCUGGUGAUAGCGCAUUUUACAAUAUUUUAAUGAUUAUAAAACUACGGGAUAUUUUUCCAAAUUAAAGUUUUCAAUCAAUAACUGUACAUUAUUAUGUUAUAAUUUAAUAAUAAAUGUUUAAAAAGUCAUCUAUUCACAGAUUCACCUCGUAAAAAAAUCAAAUUUUCUUAAAAUACUUCGAGAAAAUCGCUCGCUCGUGACAAAUGGAUCAUUGUGUAUGCUUCACAUUAUUAUAAAUUACCAUAAAGAUUCAAUUAUUUCCAAAUAUAAUAUUGGUUACCAAUAUGUUUGUGUCCUUUAAAUCAAUAUAAAUUAGUCUGUUUAAUAUAUAUAAUGUUAUAAAAUGAUUGGUAACAUUAUUUCAUCAUUUAUAGUGAACUAAAUUAAUGUAAAAAAUAAACUUUUAAACAGAUACCAUAGUUGUUUAUCAAACUUUUUUUUAUUAAAUUAGAAAAACAUAUUAUCUAUUGAAUCUUUAUGUGGAUUUUUCACAAUAAACUAUACGAUUAUCAUGAAUUAUAUAAUUUAUAAAAAAAACAUGAGGUAAACCUGUAAUUUCAGUUUGAAAUUAUCUAUUCAUAUCAUUAUUAAUGACAUUUUUAUAAACAAGCUUAUUUUAAACUAUUAUUAACUGUAGUCUUAAGAUUAAAUGCUUUAUUCAACGAUUUAUUUCUUGUUUAAUUUUUGUGUUUAUUGAUUUUUAUAAUAAUAUACAACGUUUUAAAGUAUCUACUUCAGCAUUAAAAAAUUAUUUAUGUACUUUUUAUUUUGCAAUUUAACAUUUUGUUUAGAUUAACGUCGAUUUUUCGAAUACUUUUAAUUUGACAUUAUUUUUUAAAUUUUAUUUUCUGAAUAUUAUGUUUUUAUCAAACGUUUGAACACGUAUCAUAGAUUGUUAAAUAAUGUUGAUAGAUAAUACAGUUUAUUAUCAUUAUACCUGCAAUAGCCUUCACAUUCCAGAGGAUUGUACAGUAAAAUUAAAUUUGGGAGGGUAUACAUUAUUUUAUUAUAUCUACCUCGUUUAUAAAAUUAUUAUAGUGAAAAUUGUAUUAACAUUUUUUCAAAAUAAUAUCUAUUACCUAUUUAAAAAAAUACAAAUCUUCAAAUUUGGUACGCCUAUCGUUAAAAAAUAUAAACCUAAUCUAAGUAAAAUUAAUUGAAUUACUACAUAAAAAUAGUAAGAUUAAAUUUUGAUUUUUUGCAGGAAUGUAGAUUCAUAAACACUUAUAAAUUAAGUUUAUAGUACAAAUUGAAAAAAUUAAUACAAAAAUUGAGGACUGAAAAUUAUUGUAAAAUUUAACAGAAUUGCAUGGUAUCACAUAACUAUUAAUUUAUUAUACAACGAGGGUUAUAAACAAUUUGAAUUUAAAAAAAAUGGUGAAUUUAUUGUUUUGUUAGUUAGAAUAUGAUAAUUUAUAACCACACCAUUAUUUAUUGCAGUUAGGCAUAUUAAUAUAUUAUUAUUCUUUAUAUAUACAAUAAUUAUUUAUACUCUUAUUUAUAAAUAAUAUCUAUUUUAAAGUGGUAUAAAGUAUAAUAUAAUAUUAUGAUCAUACAUAACAUAUCAUGUGAUGCGUUUGCUAUGACAAUGAAAUCUUCAGGUGAAAGAAACCGGUGAAUUCUUAGCUAACACAAUCAGCGAUGUAGAAGGAAAAGCUGGAACUGCUGUAGACGAUGCGAAAAAAGCAGCUGUUGACGGAUUUGAUCAGGAGGUCGAAAAAUUAGCCGACGGUGCUCUACAGGAGGUAUUAAACGGGAAUUUAUUGUUAUUAUUGCUGAUUGCAAUAUUAUAAACGCUUAUACGGUGGAAGAAAUAAUUUAUGUACAUGGAGCUUGAAUGCAGCAUCAUCACUUUACGCAUAUACUUAUUAUUUUGACUGAUGCAUGGUUAAAAUUUAGUUAAAAAAUAUUAAACGAUAGGAUGUUUUAGAAAAUAAUUGAUUACAACUAUAUUAUUUUUCGUACCGCUUUUUCUGUAAUUAUUAUAAAAUUUGUUUGUAGAAAUCUAUAAUUGGUGGUGGUGGUGGUUUAUUAGGUGGCAUUACAAAUUCAGUUGGUCAUUUUACUACUCAAUUAGAGGUCAGUAUUACAUAGCAUUUGUAUUAAAAAGAAAAAUUGUAUACGAGUUUUUAUGAAGAGGCCGAACAAAUGUGAUUUAAACCGUAAACUAGUUUUUAAUCUACCGUACACAUACAUACAUGCAUACAUACAUAUGUAUUGAGAGAUAAUUAAAAAUAUAGGAACUAUAGGUAAAAAUAUGUAAUGAAAUUGUAUUUGUCGUUUAGGUCAGGUUAGGUUAAUUAUAUUAUAUUAUUUAUAUUUAAUAGGUACUUCAGAUUUUAUAUAAAUUUGUAAAUAAUAAGAAACAGAACAAAUCUAGUUGACCACUUUUUUCAGAUUUUCAACCUGGUUUUUUUUUUUUAAAUUAUGUUUUUCAACGAUGAUUUUUAAAUUGUUUAAAUUAUCUUACAAAAAAAAUUAUUAAGGUAGCUAUAGCAUAAAAACUUUAAAACCUUGAAUAAAUAUUUUUUGGAAAGACUAUGUUUUCAAUGUUGAAGACAAUGGUAAAUUUAGAAUUUUUCGGGAAUUAUUAUUUUAGAAGUUAAAGUGAUUUGAAGACGGUAUGUUACUGUAAAAUAUACUUAAUGCGUAAAGCAAACAAUUGCGGGCGCAUGUAAGGGGGAUUUGAGUGCCCCUGUACAGAGGAGAAGAAUACCAUACACCUAACCUACAUUUCUAACCUGAUAUUAUUGCAAGGAGAAUAGUGUUCUAUGUGUAGUGUAAACUUAAACGUCGUUACGCGAGACCGAACAUUUGGCUCCCUCCAUUCGGUCGUUUUACUAGCUCAUGUCAAACUUGUAAAACCGCAAAAACGACCAACUUCAAAUAUAGGCAUAUAGCAACAUUAGAAACUCCAUAGAUAAUUGAAUACUAUAGUUGGUAUCCCCUAAUAUAGUGCAAGUGACCGCGUGUGCGCACUGUUUUCAAUAUCACGAAAUUUAAAAUGCUGAUAAAUCAAAAACUUAAUAAUAUGACCGGCAAAUUAUCAUUAUUUAUAUUUUUGUUCCUGUCUAGUAACAUUAUAUAGGUUUCAAAACAAAAAAGUGAAAUAUUGUUUUGGAAGGUAAUUAGGUUAAGUUUUCCGUGUUCUCAUAACAUCAUAAUAUAAUUCAACUUCGAAGUGCUAUAAAUUUGAAAGUUAGUAUGCGAGUGUGCCCGAAAAAUUCUGACUGUACUAUCGUAUUCAAUGUGCAGAAAUACAUUUGUGGGAAAAAAAGGUUGAAAAUUUGAGAAUGCCAUGAACUAGAUUUAUAUUAAUAUUAUUAACGCACUAACUAUUUAUAAUAAUUGCAUUACAACUAAACUCAUAUGGUCAAAUUAUUAAUUGUUAUAAUUAUUAAAUACAUUUGUAUAUUAAUAGGUUAAUUAUACGAGUAUUCAUCAAGAGUUUAAAUGAAUAUUUUCCAACAAUUAUCAAAAAUAUUUAUAAAUUUAUAAUUUAUUUAUUUAUAUAUUUUUUUUUAAAUUUAACUACCAUACAAAUCUAUUAAAAAUGUAAAUUUAUAAUGUUAUAGUCUGAUAGUAAUCACGCAGGCCUGAACUUGGGUUCUCUUAUUGGAGAUACAGUUAAAAGCAUAGCGACUUCCAAACUCGUAAGAAUAUUCAUAACGUGUUGUGUGUAAAUUCUGUUAACAUGUUUGUCGGUGUCUAAUAAGUAUAAAACUCGCAUAUAAUGACUAUUGUAUCAUGUCCAGUAAAUAUUUGAAACGUAUUGGUAGUAUGCACGUGUGCUUGUUUAAUUUAAUAUAUUUUAGAAAACUGUUGAAAGCUCGACCAGUGGGAUAGCCAACAAGUUAGAUGGUGCCAUGAGUUCGAUAGAGGGUACGGUAGUCAGUGGGAUAGGUCAAUCAUUGGGGAAUGCGGCCGGUGGAAUGGUCCAAAAUAUGGAGGGAGUAGCUCAAGCAGUAGGGAAUAAAACCGGUGAAAUGAACAAUAAAAUUAAGAAAGCUGCUAUUGGAGUGACCAAUCAAAUGCCGGGAGUAGCUGGUGAUAUGGUAAAUAAAGUUCAAGGAGCAGCCAGUGAAGUGACUAAUAAAGUGCAAGGGGCGGCCAGUCAAAUUCAGGGAGCAGCUGGUGAAAUGAUCAAUAAAGUUCAAGGAGCAGCCAGUGAAGUGACUAAUAAAGUGCAAGGGGCGGCCAGUCAAGUUCAGGAAGUCGCCGGAAAUAUGACCAAUAAAGUGCAAGGAGCAGCCAGUCAAGUUCAGGGAGCAGCUGGUGAAAUGAUCAAUAAAGUUCAAGGAGCAGCCAGUGAAGUGACUAAUAAAGUGCAAGGAGCAGCCAGUCAAGUUCAUGAAGUUGCCGGAAAUAUGACCAAUAAAGUUCAAGGAGCAGCCGGUGAAAUUACCAAUAAAAUGCAGGGAGUAGCUGGUGAAGUGGCUAAUAAAGUGCAAGGAGCAGCUAGUCAAGUACAGGAAGUAGCAGGAGAAAUGGCUAAUAAAGUGCAGGGAGUCGCUGGCGAUGUGGUCAACAAAGUGCAGGUGGCGGCCAGUGAUGUUGCCAAUCAAGUGCAAGAAGCAGCCGGCGAUAUGACCAAUAAAGUUCAAGGAGCAGCCAGUGAAAUAACCAAUAAAAUGCAGGGAGUAGCUGGUGAAGUGGCUAAUAAAGUGCAAGCAGCAGCAGGUCAAGUGCAAGGAGCAGCCGACGAAAUGGCCAAUAAAGUACACGGAGCGGCAAACGAUAUGUUAAAUAAAGUGGAGGGAGUAGCCGGUAAAAUGACUAAUUCAGUGCAGGGAGUCGCCGGAAACAUGGCCAAUAAGGUACAGGGAAUUGCCAAUUCUAUGGGGGGUACGGUGGGAAGUAUAACCGGUGGAAUGAUCAGUGCAGUAGGUGGUGUAGCCAACGGAGUAACCGGCAUAGUCACAGGAGGUUUUAGCGCUUCGAGGUUAGCACUAAUGGCGAUAGUAUCCACUGUCGUACCAAUUACAGUCACUGUUGUCGAUGGAACGACAAAAGCCACGGGGACCAUAAUUGGCAGAAUAGCGCCAAAGGUAUAAACCAAUUACAGAUUCCUUCCCCCCCGAACACAUACACACACACGCACUUGACCAAAAUAUAGUGCAAUUAAUAAGUUUCUUGGAGGUAUUAAUCAUUAUUUUUUUUUUUGAAUGUAUAGGUGUUGAAAUAUCAAAAAAGAUAUUUUUAAAUUCAAACAAUAGACAAACUGUAACACUUUAUUAUUUAAAUUUUCUUUUUUAUAUAUUUGGUCUCGUAAACAUAACUGAACUCAAAUGAGUAGGUAGGUACCUAAUGAGUAAUGACUAAUAGGUAUCUAAUGUAACAGGGGGUACCUACCAUUAUUUAAGUUAUUUUAUCAGAAUAACAACAAUGAUUUAUUUCAACUCGUAAACUUGUAAGAUUUAUGUGUUUUUAGUUUUUUUUUCUUUUAAUCUUAAAAAAUUCCAGUAGACGUAGCGCUCGAAUAAAAGAAAAGGGACUAUAAGACUUGAAAACAAAUUAGCGGCCCUUGAAAUAGUUAUUGAAUUCGACCUAACUCGUAGGGGGCUUUUCACUAAAUACUUAUAUAAGUAUAAUCUUUCCAAAUACGAUACAAUUUUGAAAACAUUCUGAGAAUUUUUCAUUUAUAGCCAUUUGAAAUUUUUAAGUUUUUUAGGAUUUUAAUUGGUUUUGUAGUUACAAUUGUUUUGGCCCUGCGACGAAAAUGCUCAACAAUUUAACACAAGGUUUAUCAUCAGUUUCAAUUAGUGAAAAAAAAGUGCAGCGUAAUGUAGUAAUUUUUUUUAUCAGCGCUUAAAGUUCAAAUUUUAAUGGAAUGUAUUUGAAAGAAAUGCAAAAUAUUUAUCGUCCCAUGCAUUUCACCUCAAAUAAAUAGUAAAGGUACGCUAAAAUUUCUGAAAAAGUAGUUUAGGUACUUUGUCUCUCUGCCACCUCCCCUUCUACUGAGUAUACGAGUAAAUACGAAUCACUGAAUUGUUAAUUUAAUUUUUAUUUUAUAAAAUAGGUAAUUUGAUUUAAUCGAGAUAGUUUCUAAAAACAGUUAGGUUACUGACAUAUUGUAAAAUAUAAAUAACAGUUCAGAUUAAAUUAUUUUAAAAUUAUUAUAAUAUUCUUACUGAAAUUUGUAUUCAUUUUUACCUCUCACCCAAUUAUAUAUAUAUUAUAUAAACAUCAUUAUAAAUGUAUAAUACAUUACAGGAUCUCGAGAUACUUCAUGAUAUUAGAUAAAUGUUUGAAUAUUAUGUAGGUAUUAUAUUACUAUGAAUAAGUAUACAUGCAGUAUACUUGUAGUUAGUGGUAUUAAAAAAACACACACACUUACACAUACUUACAUACAUACAUACAUACAUAGUACAUACAUAUAAUUACAAUAUUUGCACACCUCUAUUUUAUCCCCGAGUAUAACAUACACAUUGCUUUGUAGAUUGUUUGUUUAACUUUUUGUUAUUUUUUUUUAUAGUUAGUUGAUCGGAUUUCUAACUGUGUAAUACAAUAAGCACAAUAUUAACAUACGGUAACGGUAUGGAAUUGAAAUCAAUAAUUCACUUAGUGGUGGUUGAAUCUAUAAUAUGUAACCAAAAAUGGACAAAAGUUGUACUUACUUGAAAUAAUUAUUUUUUGUUUAGUCUCUAUUUUAACUCAUUUAGUCCUAUACAAUAAUAUUGUAUAGAGAUGUGUUUAAUGAGUAUUGGGUAUAUUAUUUGUACACAUUUAUCACUUGUGUUUUUCUGUUGGUGGUUUUUUUUUUUUAUUAUUAUUUGUUGUUAUAUUACUUAAAUAAAGUAUUGUCAAACAUAUCAAUAAUAUUUAAAUAAAUAUACGUUUUAUAUAAAUCAACGAUAACCGUUUUAUACAUAUUUAUAGAAAUAUAGACAUUGCAUAAUAUGAAAAUAUACAUGAGAGGAAAAAUAGGAAAAUUAAAAUCGAAAAAGAGACGGCUUAAUGCGAUUAAGAAUGAUACGAGGAUACACUCAAGGACAGCCGGUGUAUGCGAGUUGGGAGAUCAGGUUAAGUGGAAGUUUAGGACAAGUAUUACCUACCCUAAAUAGUUGGGAAUUUGGGAUGAAGGCGAAGGAGAAGAAGAAGACGAUUGCAUAUAAUUUAUAUUUUGUUAAUCAAAUAUUUUACAAAGAAUUUACACUAGAAAUCGAAUAAUUAAGUAAUAUAAUCGUAUCAAAUGUCUAUUAAUUUUAUGAAUCUCGUAUCAAAAUGUCUUCAGUGUAUAUUUUCUUUCUUAAUACAUUUUCUUACACAUUAUUGUAGGUGCCUACAAUAUAUUAUAAUUAAACUGUUAGACAUAUUAUAUUGUAAUCUAUAAUAACCAAAUUAUUACAAGUUUGUUAUUUAUUUUAUUUUAUACGCGAAAUAAUCGUAGAUAAUAGGUAUAAAUCAUAAUAAUAUAUUUGUAGGUGUAUACAAAGUUGCGUAUUUAUAGGAAAUUAAAUCGUUUACGGGUAGAUUUCGCUUUCAGAAAUUUUGCACGGUCGUGAGUACAAUAGUUCGAGCUUUCGUUUUAAAUCUAAUACCGUUAUAAUUUCUUCAAUUCGGCAUAAUAUUGGAAUUUUACAUACGCAGAUUAGGUUUUAUACAGAUCAUAUCGUGUAAAUUAUAGAUUUUUUCGCGAUGGGUACAAAACAACACUGCGGUAAAAUAUCUUACUGAGUGUUUUAGUCGGUAUAAAUAAUUAAUAUAUUUAUUACCUAUCCAUAAAAUAAUGUUUUUUUUUUUUUAAAUUUUACAGUGGAAUAUAAUUUUGAAACAAUGCAAUCGUGACGUAUGAUCGAAAUGAGAAAUAGGUUAGGUACCUACCUUCAAACUAUAAUAAUAAUAGGUAUAUCAUUCUAGUUUUUUUUUUUAGUUUUUUUUUUAUUUAAGCAUUAUUUCCCGACUUUCCAAGGUUACAUAGUGGUUGAUUGUUUAAAUGACCACUGCAGCCAUAAACCCGCAUAGGUACCUACAUAGUUGAAUCGCGUGAUGUUAUAUAUCACAUCACGAUUGACUUCUAUGUAUAUUUUACUGGAAUUCGGUUAUUUUAUAUUUAAUGUACGCGUUUAAAUUAUUUAUUGUACGACCUUUUGGCUUUAUACAUUUAAUCUAAUAACUCAUAAUAUGUAUGUUACCUGCGUCAAACAAAAAAUAUAUCGUUAAAAAAAUUAAUAUAUAUUUGUUUUUAUAUAUUAUAUAAUCAAUUAAAAAGAAUAAGGGUAUCUAAAAAUGAAGAGUAAGUUUAAAAAAAAACCAAGACCUAAAACGAGUUACAGUUACAAAUUAUAGAUUCAUACUAUUAUACAAUAAUGUAUUUUAUUAAUGCACGCUUAAUAUUGUAAGUACUUAUGUAUAUAUUUAAAAAAAAAUGUGGUGAUGGGUAAUUUUUGUGUUUUUAUGUUCCGAGUUUUUGGUUUUAUUGUAAAAUAAAAUACGACACUCGAGAACAGCUGCAGUACGUUUUGUAUAGUACUUGUUAUAAACAAUAAUAAAAAUAACACUCGAAUAUUUCAAAAAUAGGUACCUACUCAUCGGCUUGGGCGUAUUUUUUUGUGAAGUGAAACAAUAUAAUGUAAAACAUUUAUACAUCUUUAUUAUGAAAUAGUAAAAAAUAUACCUACUAUUUAUUACCCUAUAUAAUUAUGCUUCAAUAAAAAUUUGUUUACUUUGAACAACAUAAUGGUAUAGGUACCUACACUGUGAAAUAUUCGAGUUAAUAUCGUAUACGUACAGUUAAGUACACCGAAUAUAAUCGAAUAUAAUAAUACCCUUAAAGAAAUACAGUCCGGCAAAUCGCACUUGUACCUUAGGGCAUUUUUUUAAUAAAUAUUCACUGCAUGGACAUUGUUCACUCCCAUCUCUUUUAAAAAAAAGCUCUGUUAAUUCAAUAAUUUAUUACUAUUUACUUUCUAGUGAACACACUGUAAACAUAAUCUUACUCUACUAGUUGUCCAAUGGACUUUAGGACUUUAUUGUGUGUCCAAUGAAUCCAUUUGGACACAGAAAACCUCUUUAAAAAUAUAAAUAUAUAUAUGUUGAUAUAAAACAAUUAUACUUUUAUAAUAAUUAAAAUGAUCUAUAUCUAAUGCGAUCUAAAAAAAAGAAACAAUUUUUAUUCUUAUUGGUAUAAUUUUUUAGUAGGAAUUGUAGUAUCGCGUGCGCAGUGUAUAUCUACGUAUAUUUAGGACGCCACCUAUUGAUUCGGUAUCUCUGCGAGGGUAGAAAUAAAGAAUUUGUGAGGGUUAUUAUAAGUGGAUCCGCCUCCUCGCGUGACAUUUGAUAUCGUGUCAAAUUUGUAUACACGGAAAUACGACCUUGGGAACAUAUUUUGUUUCCCUCUUAACCGCGAACUCAGCCCCCAAACAAAAUUAGUUAUAGUUGAUUUAUUAAUUUACUCAUCGGUAUCGCGAAAAUUUAGUGUCUCUAAUAAAUAAUCCGAUAUAUUUUAUGAAUUUAAAAGUGGAGUCGAGCUUUUUUUUCUCUUUCUGACAUUUCGAGAAAUAGGUCAUACACCUAUGACCUUUCCGCGUAUGCUAUAGCAGCUCAGCAUUCCGCUUUUAUGAUCGCGGGCGAUUCACUAAAAGUUUUUAUUUUGUUUUUUACUGUCACAUUAAUCUAAAAAUAAUUAUUUCGCAGACAUCAAUAAUAAUUAAAUCUUUUCUUUUUUUAAAAUGUUAUCAUAAAGUUAUAAAAUUGUAAUAUAAUAUAGUCAAAACCAUUCACAUUUUUCAUCGAUUUAACCAUAAUAUACUUGUAUUAUGACGCUGUGUUCAUUAAUUUAAUGAUAUAUAUUUUUUUUCGAAACCAUCCCUAAAAUUUGCCACUGACCCCCCUCCCAUGCCUUCAGGUCGGAUAUUCGGUGUAUUUUAUGUAAUAAUAUUUUUGGUACACGUGGACGGCAGACGCACGCAUGACGGUGAUUGACUGGCGUGCCAUACAUAAAUAAUAUUAUACUAGUAAUGUGCAUGUCAUGAUAAAUAUUGUGGGACGAAACGCAGGCACCCGCUCCGGCCACUCCGGCCACUCCGGCCACUCCGGCCACUCCGACCACUCCGACCACUCCGACCACUCCGACCGCCCCGGCACCGGAAACGCAGUCGGCCGUCGACCAAGUGGCGUCCGAGGCCAAGACGCUGGUGGACAAGACGGCGGCUGACCUGAAGCCCGCUCUGGACCAAGUGGUCCACGACAGGAUAAACCCGCUCGCGCAGGAUCUAGCGAAAAAACUGCAGCCCAUCGCCGGCGAUGUAUCGGCCCAGGUGAACACGGCGUUGGCCGAGGGCGUCAAGUCAUUGAACCCGGUGGUGGACGAUAUGUCCCAAAAGGCCAAAGGAUUCGUGGACGACGCCGCCAAACAGGUGAGGUGACCACCGCCAGAGGGUAGGGAGGUAACUCCCGAUUAUUAUUCCCGACAUUCCCGUCGUAUAUAAGCCGUGUAUUUAAUAUAGGUCUUUUGAAUUAAGUAUUUAAUUUUUUUUUCCCCUAUCAAAAAUAUUAUUACUCCAAGAGUACGUUUGUGUAUUACUGGUAAAAAUCUUCGUAUAGACGGAUUCGAGGUGAGAAAAUGUUUUUUUAAAUUUGUAUUUAUUAUGAUAAUUAUUACUAUACUCAUACUUGUAUUGCGUGCGAAUGACACUUUUAGGUACAUACACAUUUUUUUUAAAUUUUUGUUUUUCGAUUAUUUUACUAUAGUGUACACCUAUAUGUUAUUAUGAUAUUAUAAUAACUCAUUCACCCGUAGUUUGCCCUCAAGCUUUGCAUCAUACUGUAGAUGAUGAGAUAGGAUGUAUCGCAAUAAUAUAUAUUAUUGUAUAUAUUUACGCACGUUCAACGAUAUUUUACAGUAUAUUAUAUUUUUAUCAAAGAGAUGUCAUUUCUGCAAAUUUUCACGGAAUGUACAAAAUAAAUAGUUUUUUUUCUGAGGAGGAAGGGGAGUAUACCAAACGUUAUGGCGGUAAUUCCGUUUCGUUCAACGCGAAACAUUCAAAAUAAAAAGUAUAUUAAUUAUUAUUUUAUGUACAGGUAAUAUAGAAAUUGUUUAGUCUUAUUCAAAGGUGGGUAAAUUGAUGACAAUAAUUAACUCGACGAUAAUAUAAUCAAUAUAAUAAAUAAGCAAAAAAGGUUUUAGUUAUAAUAAUCUUGUUCUUCAUACCAAAGGCCGCUACAAGAUCGCUACAAAUUUGAAAUGCUGGCUUUUCAUUUUCCUAUGUUCAUAGCUAAUCUCUUCAUAUCGGCAUACUUACAAAAUGCAAUCGGUUUGUUUCUUCAUUUUUUUUCGGUCAGUGCCUUCUUUGGUCUUACUAUUCCUUUACGACCAUAAAAAAAAGAGUUAUUUUAAAACGUUUUCACUAUUUAGAAUUUUAGAAAUAGUUCGGGAUCACGGUUAUGUGAAUAUCAAAAAAAAAAAAAACCUACUCAAUAUCAUCCAUUCGUAUAUUCAACGUUAAUUCAAUUGAAAAUUAACUGUAAAAAGUUGGGUUUAUACAAUGGAAACUAUAUUAAACGACUAAAAAAAAAAAUUAAUUAUAACCAAAUUUAAAAAAAAAAUAGGUCUAUUAAUUAUAAUAUUUAUACGAUUUGAAAAAAAAAAAUUAAAAACCAUGGUAUUGUAACAUGCAUAAAUGACGUCCCCGAUAUAAUAUAAUAAGUUGUACUGAAUGUUUAUUUUUUUGUUAACUUUUAAAUUCUAUUCAUUGGACUUUGAACUAAUUUUCGCAGGUGAGUCACGUGGUCGAUGACAAAUUGAAGGAGGCAGACGAGAUAUUGCACGACAAGCGUGAAGCUCUCGGGGAACCGGCCAAGAGCAUGUUGUCCAAGGCCAAGGGAUUAUUUGGCUGUAAGUUAGGUUGCUGUACUAUCAUGUAGGAACACAAAAAAAAAAAAUUCCCACGCACAAACCCCGUGUACACUACACUACUACUACUUGUUGAUAUACGUACAAAUAUUGCCAGUAAGGAUAAAUCUUUUUUGGCUGAACGUUUUGGUUUUUUUAUUUUGUCAUGAUCAGAUUGAGAUUUCGGAUGCAUCUAGUAUAAAACGCAUGACACGCGUGCAUUUUACCUAGGUAUAAUAUUAUUAUAUUAAAUGGUGACAGUAAUACGAUAACCUAUCUACCUUUGAUUAUUGCUAUGUAUAUGGUAAUUGGUAAUAUUGUGAAGUCUGAAAAACCUAUGCCUUUAUAUUGUGGUAAUAACAUGGACGGUGCCCGGGUAAACGAAAAUUGGUUUAUUUUAACGGUUUUUUUUAUAUUCUGAGCGCAGCAAAGAAUGUUUUGGUUUUACUAUAACUUGUAUUUUUUAUUUAUUUAUUUUUGUGUUUAAGCAACUUUUUUCACCAGAAACUCGGAUAAAAAAAUGACAAGUGAGCUUUGUAGCACUUUAGAUCUAUAUUCAUGAGGUCAUUUUUUGAUUUUCUUUGUAGUUUUCAUAAUAAUUGGGAAAGGUUCAUUAUAAAAUUUACUUAGUGGUCAAUAAAUUUAAACAAUUUAUUGUAAUGUAGUUGUUUUUUUUAAACCAUUUUAAAUUAAAAUUUUGGAGAAAAUCAUAAAAAUUACGGCAUUUAAAAACACGUAUAACCGAAUUCUGUUCAGAAUCGUACAUAAUUAGUAAUUAAAAGUGAUAGUAAUUAGCAAUGAUUUGUUGUUGUGUACAGAUUUAAAUUAAAUAACUCCACAUAUCACCUUACCUUUCCAACUUUGUUGUAUUGCAUAUUAUUGUAAAUUAUAAUAAUCUACGUCAAUUGGCAUUAAAAACCUAAUAAAAUGGUAAAUUCAUUUUUUUUAUAAAACCUAUUAGACAAAUGGAAUAAGUAAUCAGUCAUUGUGAAAAUUAGGAUUAAUUCAACAUUCUUCUUGUUAAUAUUGAACUUAUAUUUAUCUUAUAUAUAUUUUUUAACCGGGCAUUGUCCAUAUUAUGGCAAUGGUUUCAAUUAUUAUUGUCGCAUAUUUACGUUCAACAGUACCGAUUUUGUGCUGUUAUUGUAUAUAUUACAAUACUGAAUACAUCGACAUAUUAUGAAAUUUAAAGGUAAGAAAAUAGUCUAUGAUUGGGCAAUUUUUUCGAUAUUUUAAUUGUUAAGCGAUAUAACUGUAUGGACAUUUUAAAAUGACGAUAUUUCGCAUAUUUAUACUCAAUGUUAUAACUCGUUUAAAGAUUAAUAUAUACAGCUAAUUUUCUUACCUUCAAGUUCAAUGAUAGAUGAAUUCACUGAAAUAUUACAAAACAGCACAAGUUGGUUGUACAAAAUGAAAAUUUUCUAUACAACGCGUUUGUAAGACGGAGACAUGAAAUGAGCGUAUGACGUCCGCUUAAUCCAUUAGAAUUUGAAAAAAGUGAUUUAUUUUUUAUGUAGGUAGGAGUAUUACCUAUUAUUAAUUUGUGUUUUUAUUACGGUUGGAUUAAACUAAAUACCUAAUGGUUAGGUCAUAUUAUUAUGACGUCGUUUCUGUAACAAUUUAAAUCGCAUUAGGUAUUCUAUACAAUAAAUAAUCGCUUGAAUUGUUGUACAUAAAAAAAAAAAGGAGAACAAAAAGGUUUUUUUUUCAUCAAAUCGUUUUGGAGACCAACAAAUAAUUAUAAUACAAUUAUUAAACACCGGCGUGUUGGUUAGUUUUUUAUUUUGUAAUAUUAUUCACGAGUACAAUACAUGCAAUAAUUAAAGGUACCUACGAGGCUGAGUUGACUCUCGAGAUCAAAUUGUUCAUUAAAACUUACAUUAAUCGCAUAAAAUGUCUUGACGGUUUGUCAUUACUGGAGCAAUAAUAACAGCUGGUAUAAGUAUAGAUAAUAAUAAUAGGUAUAGUUAUACAUCGUUUAUUUUUCGUCAUAUUUUUUAUAAUAUCCAUUAAUCUCACCUAACACAACAUUAACACGUAUACCGAUUUUUAUUUAUUUCAAAACCGUAUUAUAUAAUAACAGUAUAUGCAUGUUAUACGUGUUAUAUAUUAUACGUGAAUAUAGGACUGUUCGAUUAUUUUUUCUUAAUCGGUCGAAAAAAUCGACAAUUGUCUGUUAACGGUUUGUGUAUCUCGACUCUAUUGGAGGUCUCAGAGCAAACGGUUCAAUUGUUGUAAUAAUUAUUGAAUGUGAUGUAGAAGGUAAAAUUGGUAGAGUCCAGGAUGGAAUAUGUAUGGGUACUAUGCCGGAUGCCGUACAUUUUUAGACGUGUGAAUGAAAAGUUAUCUCGGGAAUUGAAAGACUGAAGUUUCGACAUGGAAGCAUGUAGAGCAUUGAAGACCAGAAAACGAAUAUAUUAUUUAUGUAAUAUGUAUACAUGUAAAGAUCUUCGUAUUAAUUCGAUUUUAUUUGAAUAAUUAAAACAACUUAACCGCAGUAAAUAAUAUUAUGUUAUACGUAUAAUGUAUAAUAUAAUGUUUAAUGUUGUUGCACUUUUGUCAGUCAAUAAAAGGAAAAUAUAUUUCACGCACGACCUAAAAAAUUUAAAAAAAAACUAUGAUCGCAAUCAUAAUAUAAUCGAAAAUUCAAAAAAACUAUGAUACGAUGAAUCGAUUUAAUUAAAAUCGAGAAAAUAAUCGAAAAGUCCUAAUACACUCGAAUCACCCCUAACUUACCGCCGUGUAUAGGUACCUACCUAUAUUUAUACCUAUAUUAUAGAUAUACAUAGUUUAACACAUAUCCUAACCCUGUAUCGAUUUAAAAAUAAUACGUUGUUGCUGAUACGUUAGUGACAAUCUAACAAUUACGCACUACUAAUACCUACUCAAUAUUAUAAUGUUUUAAAUAUUUGGUUUUUUGUUUUUUUUUUCCAGAAAUCAUAUGCGACUACUAAUAUUAUACUGCGCAUAAUAUAUGCAUAUAGUGGGAGUAGCAAGUUAUUACAUAUUACAUUGCUAUAGACUGCUAACUGCUAAAUCAUUAAAAAUUUACCUAUACCUACCCAUAAUUUAUUAUUAUUAUUAUUAUUAUUAUUAUUAUUAUUAUUAUUAUAUAUUCCACCUAUAAAUGCAUUAUUUUUUAAGCAAUACACUCACCUAAUUAUUAUUGUUUUAUUUUCGUUUUUACUAUAACUAUUUUAAUUAUUAUAACAUUACGUUCCUUGAAAAAUGUAGUUGUUCACAACAAAAAAAAAAAAAAAAAAAAAAAAUGCACGUUUAUCAAUUUAUUAAUCGAUUUUUUUUAUUUAUAAAAAACUACUAUUAUUACCUACUAGUUUUUUUUUCUAACCUACCCCAUCCCCAUAUUUUAAUUCAUCCGCUAUGAUAUGUAUACUUGACUUUCCAUCAUAAACAUUUCAGAUAUUAUAUAGAUAUUAUUAGUCUUGUCAAUUAUACAUCUACUUAUAAUAUAUACGUAUAUUAUACAUCUUACAGUUCACUCGAUUGAUGAUUUCUACUCAAUAAUGUUAAUUUCUACAAAUGAUUUGUAAUAAAGUACUGAUAAAAAUAUAUAAUAUAUACUCGUCCACAGAUAUUAUUAUUUUUGUUAUGUGAUAUAUUUGUACUUUUAUUAUUAAAAAAAAAAAAGUACCUAUGUACUAGUUUAAAAUAUAAUAUAUCAUUAACACGGCUUGCUAUUUUUUACAUGAAACAUUGUGGUGUUUUUUUUUUUCACUAUUUUAAUUGGAAAUCGGUAUAAUCAUGGUGUUCUUAGUUCGUAUACUUAUACAUCUGUAAUACAGUUUUUGCGCAUGUGGCGCGGUGGUACACUAGUACCUAUAAUUACUAAUGGUUUUGCAGUAGUUAGACAUUUUUAUUACCCAUCGGUAUAUGGUAUAUUAUACUGGUUUAGAGAAUAACGCAUCAUAAUUCGUUUUUUUAUUUUUUAGUGAAGUGAACAAAUUGGAAAUCCAAUAUAUAUAUAUUUAUAUUAUCACAGAUGGCAAAUCUUGUUUUAAUAAUAAUUAUAAUUGGGGUUAUUUUAAUUGUAAUAGACAUGAAACAGUAAAUUUCAUAAAUUAGAAAAAAUAUAAACCUACCUUGUUAUCACUAUUGAUUGUAAUAGUUUUUAAACUACCUACGUACCUAUAUAUAAUUAUAUAAUAUUAUGUUCGUUGUCGAUUUAUUAUAAUAUUUAUUAUGUAAUAUAGGUUUUUUGAACCAGCGCAACAAAUAAAAUGGUAUCCAUAAUCCAUUAUUUGUGCAUUUUUAAAUGUGGAAUGCAAUAAAGCACUGCAUAUUGAAAAAAGUACACAACUCCGUACAGAAGCUACAAAUGUGUUCAUAUGCGGAUAUAAAAAUAUAUUAUAUUUAUAUUAUUGUUCAUUUUUUUUUUUAUUUUUAUAAUCAAUAACUCUUCGCGAUUUCGAGUAAUUUUAUUUAAAAAACCUCUUCACAAAUCAUAAUGCUAAAUAGAUUUCCGUCCGUCUAAUAAAACAAUAUUUUACAGAUCGGUAUAGAUUAUGAUUGUCGGCAUAUUGGUACGGUCCAUAGAAUUUAUAACAAAAGAAAUAAAAUACGCGGAAUAUUGGUACUCUUCAAAAUUUAUAUUUCUGAGGGCUCUAAAAUAUUUACAAUGUCUAUAUAGUUUUAAUAAAUCACCAUCGUCAACAAGUUAAAUUUUCAUAAUACUUUAAAAACAAAAAAAAUAUAAUGUUAGCAAUCAAGAUGAACAAAAAAACAUAAAGUAGCGGGUAGGUAAAAUAAAUAUAAAAUGUACAAUAAAUAUAAUAUACAAUUAAUGAACAAUAAUAACUACACUUUGCUAUAUUAUUUAAAAAUUCUCCUAUUUUAAUUUAUUUAAGUGGCUCUCACAUUCGUUGUGUACUUUGUUUUGCAUAGUAUUAUUAUUAUUUUUUUUUUUUUGGAACUUAUAGGCGUUAAGGUAUAGUCCAUAACAUAUUUAUCGUACCGUUAUUGUUUCAUAUUGGGAGGUAUUUAAUCGUAAAGCACAGCGAUUAUUUUCACUUGCAGUCACUCAUGGUUUCCCAUCGGUCGUCAGUAAAAUAAAAUUUAAAAUAAAUAAAUUCUUUUUUUUUUUCAUAAAAGUUUAGGAAACCUUGACUAUUAAGUAUCGUAUCAGUAUUCCGCGUUUAUAAAGACCGUACCAGUUUUUCGUUUAUCAUAGAUUAUACCUAUACCCAAUGUAUAUAGUUACAUUAUCGUAGAUAGUGCAUCAAGUUGAUAACUAUCGUUACCAAUCAUAUUAUGUAUACUUAGCUACCUAACUACUAAUAACUUUGAUAUUCCUUUUCAACCCUUCAGGGGCUGAAUUACUGUAUAAAUCCCUUCUUAAUACUUGCCUUUAUUACAUCAAUUAUUAUUAUUAGAAACUUCUGGGCAAACUUUCAAAUUUUUAUACGCAUUAGUUUGGGCUGCGUGUUAUUAAAUGUUGAUAUAUCAACCAUAUAAAUUAUGCCAGUUUUUCUUUUAUAUAAUUAUGUUAUAUGAUAUUGUAUAUUACAUUUUUUUUUGGCUUGUGAAGAAUUUUAUUUGCUACUUUUAUAUGCUUACCUAUGAGGGUUUCAACGUUUUAUGCGAUUUAUUUAUUGAUUUUAAUUAUAAGUGUUGGAGUGUAUUACUUUUAUACAAUGUAUAUAAAAUUUAACCUCAUUACACAACCUCACAAAAUUAUUUUACUCUGGCCAGUAUCGGCAGAAAUAAAAUACAGUCAAGAUAUGUAUUUAUAUAUAUAUAUAGUUACUAUGUACCUAUACACCUAUAUAUAAAUUUGUGUAACAUUGUGGCUGAUUUUUUUUGAUGUGCAUUUUAGUUUUUAAUUAUACAAUAAAUUAUUUUGCACCGCAGUUACAUAAUUUUAUGGUGAAAAUGUAUUCGCCAGCUUGACAAUAAUACCAAUAAUAUAAAACAAUUUAAUA